CCUAAAUCAUCGCCACCGCAACUUUGGAAGCCCCGCGCACGCAAAGCCCUAGCUAGGUGGUAGCGAACUCAGCGAGGGAAGGAUAGUGCCGAUGGCCGAGGAGGAUCAGACGGUGCUGGUACGGUGCGAGGACCUCGUCCGGGUCGAGCUGCCGGCGUUGCUGGCGCAGCGGGCGGGGCGCGUCGCGGCGGCGCUGGAAGCCGGGGAGCGCGUGGUGGAGCUGCCGCGAGGGGUCUCCGGCAAGGGCCUGGCGACGGCGGCGGCGUACUACGAGGCCCGCGCGGAGGCGGAGGCCUGCGGCGUGGACGGCGGCGAGUUCGACGGCGAGUUCGUCCGCGGGCUGACGCACGACGCGGCCAUCGACCUCAUCCACGCCGCCCACCACCUCGGCGACCAGGCGCUCUUCAACCUCUUCGCAGGCUACAGGGCUAAUCACUUCUAAGUACAGUAGUAAAGCUUUUUAUACAGUCAGUUUAUGUUUUUUUUGUAGGGAAUUCGGUUAUGUUGAUCGGCUGAAUUUGACUUGUAUUGAUGCUACCUUGAUUAAUCAUUAUGCGAUAUAUGUGG